AUGGCUCCCCCCACCACAGCAAUCGUCCUCGUGGACCCCUACAACGAAUUCCUCCACCACGAGGGCAAAAUAUACCCGUCCGUAAAAGAAUCACUCGAGGCGACGGGCACAAACGACAACCUGCGCACCCUCGUCGCCGCGGCGCGCAAGCAGAAGAUUCCCAUCUUUUACGCCCUGCACAAGACGUGGAAGGAGGGAAACUAUGCCGGGUGGACGCACCUCACGCCGUCGCAUAAAGGUCUGGCGGCGGCCAAGGGCAUCGCGGAGGGCAGCUGGGGCGCGGAGAUCUUGGAGGGGCUUGAGCCGGAUGUGGUGGGGAACGGGGACGUUGUUGCGAGUCGGCAUUGGAAUAACAGCGGAUUUGCCAAUACCGAUUUGAACUAUCAGUUGCGACAGAGGGGUGUUACGCACCUCGUUAUGGCGGGCAUGAUUGCCAACACCUGCCUCGAAUCCACGGCGCGGGACGCGAGAGAGCUAUCCGACGCGACUGCUGGGUUCAGCACUGAGGUGAAGGAUGCUGCGACGAACCUCAUCUGGCCGUUGAUUGUGGAGAAUGUGACGACGGUUGGAGACUGGGUUCGUGAGAGUGAGUCCAAGGCCUGA